GAAAAUCUUUGGCGAAGCAGUCUCGUUGAAGCUACAGAAAGAUAUUGCAGUAUUAUUAUCGAGAUGAAAAACGACUUAUCGCUUGGAAGUAUCAUGUUUUUUGUGAUCGUAUUAUUCGUAUUAUUCGUGUACAUAUCCGAUGCGAAACCUAUUGAUUAUGAAGAUGUUGCAAAUUUGUUACCAACGGAACCUCAGACCACGAAUGAUACGUUGGCCGCUGUUGUGCGGGAUCCGGUAGUGCAAGAUGCUGUACAAAAUACAAUCGGCAAUAGAUCCUUAGAAGGCUUGGUGAUAAAGAAGAAAGUGCUUGUUAUGCCCGCCACUGAACCUACUAAGGUGGUGUCACAAAGUGAGCAGAUUCUUGUCGUUCCUAUGGCGAAUCUAGAGGAUGUACGGAAAAAUAUAACAGAGACUGUGAAUGCAAAAACUGAUGUAGAUGAUUUAAUAUCUACAGAUGUUCAAUUUUUUACUGAAAACGGCGAAAAUGGAUACAUAAACUCGGAAAGUAAACAUUUUUCGUCUUAUGCAUCGCAACACGACGAUUUAAACGAAGCAUCAACCGAGACAUUUAAAAGUACGCGGAAGCCGUUUCUUAUCGAUAACAUACCUCAAGAAAUUCCAUAUCUUAUGUCAAACCCGAGCCAGGAAAUAAUGCCCUUGGAACAUCCACCACUCACAAUAUCGGUACCAAUCAUCGCGUUCCUUGAAUCCGCAAAAAUUUCUGAUGAUAAAAUUGACGUGCCAAUAUUACCAAUGCAAGAUGAAAUUUUAAAAACUCAAUUGGAGAACAGCUAUGACGGAGUUCAACAGAAUGUUCCAAAUUACGAUGAAAGCUCGUGGAGCGUGGGUCCUAAUAAUUGGCGACUUGAUCUAUCCUCUUCGGAGAUGGGAGUAUCACCUUCAUUGUAUGAGUCGAAUACAAAACAGAUCAAGUACAUGAAUGAUAUUAAUUCCGAAAAUUCAUUGCCUGCCAAAAUGUCUCGUGUCGAUAUUACACCACUCUUUUGGACUUCGGAUGCGGAUAUUAAUUAUCCCAAAGAUCCACACGAUAUGGAAGUAGCCGCAAAUAUGGUUUUUAGACCGUUCUUCAAAUACCGACAAGAAGUGCAGCGGAGAUCUUAUAGAAAUCCGGCUUAUCGAAGAUACAAUUCUUACAAUUCUUAUCCGAGACGAAAUUAUCAAUAUAGACCUUGAUAAUUCCAAUGAUUAUUAUUAGUAU